CUCACAGAUGGAUGGGAAGAGAUGAGAGAGGAGUUCGAUCUUCAUAAGAAUGAAGAAAUCCAUUUUGCCUAUCAUGGUGAAGGUCUGUUUGGUAUCACUGCUUCAAGAAGAUUUGAAUGUGAAGAACAAAUCCCAAACUAUCAUAGCCGAUAUACUCGUGGUAAUUGUGCUAGAUUUCAAGUGGAACUCACGCGUGAGAACAUCAGGAAUCCAUAUUUGAGCAUAUGGGAUUUGUUUGCAAUUUUUGUGCGAAAUUGUAAUGUGAAUGUGAUAACUGCUUGCUGUGACAAUGGAACAAAGACUGAUCUUCAAAUUGCAAUUCACGACAAUCCUUUCCCGGUGACUGCCUUAGGACCUGGUUGGUUUGGUUUUUGUCGCAAAAAUGGGUUUCGUGCUGGUGAUGGAUUAUGCUUUAAUUUUUCACUUGUUAACUCUGGUAAUAAUGUUGUGCGCGUUUUUAAAAUCUAAAUUGGGAAAGAUGAUUAAGUUGGAGGAUUGUUGUUGCUGGAAAAAAUGGAGAUUGGAAAGAGAAGUUGUUGGAGGCUGUUAAUUAUGCACUAUUUUAGGCUAGUUUUAAGUUAAUUUGGUUAUUCAUGUUUGUUCUUUAAGAUUUGGAGGAUGAUUAUGUUAGAAUGUUUGUUCUUCUUUAUGUAAUUCAUGUUUAGGCUGAAUGUUUUAGUUUGAUUUUUAUGAUUUGGGUUGAAUUUAGU